AUGAGACACAUUCCAUGCCGAUCAGCCUUCCAUAUCCACGGUGAGCGAAACCAGGACGCAACUGAGCACGACCAGGGUUCCGUUCCCGCACACUUGAUUCCCAUCCCGACGGCGGUCCUGAUGCCCCGCCAAAGGCAACCCGCUCGGUUCUCGAGCGAAGCUCCCUCCGAAUCCUCGACCUCGUCGACGUCUCCGGAUCGCACUGCAGACGAGGAUACCGACUUCUUCACAGCCCAGGCGAAUGACUCGCAAUCGUCGGUCGGCGUCGCGACCCGUGAUGCCCAUCCCCACCAUGACACCGACCUGUACCUGCCGCCGAUCGGGCGUCUACCCCCGGAGAUUCUCAUCGCCAUCUUCGCCAAACUAUCCUCGCCCUCCGACAUGUUGAGCUGCAUGCGCGUAUGCAGGGGAUGGGCAGCGAACUGCGUGGGCAUUCUCUGGCACCGGCCUUCGUGCAACAACUGGGACAACAUGAAAAGCAUCACGGCCUCGGUGGGAAAAUCAGACAGCUUCUUUCCCUACUCGCAGCUGAUCCGGAGACUCAACCUAUCCGCGCUGACGGACGAUGUCAGUGAUGGCACUGUGGUGCCCUUUGCCCAGUGCAACCGCAUCGAACGUCUCACGUUGACCAAUUGCUCGAAACUCACGGACAAGGGUGUGUCGGACUUGGUGGAAGGCAAUCGGCAUCUGCAGGCUCUGGAUGUUUCUGAUCUGAAACAUCUUACAGAUCAUACUUUGUAUACGAUAGCUCGGAACUGUGCGCGGCUGCAGGGCCUCAACAUCACGGGAUGUGUCAAUGUAACGGACGACUCGUUGAUCACGGUGGCUCGGAAUUGUCGACAAAUCAAAAGGUUAAAAUUAAACGGAGUAACACAGGUUACUGACAAGGCCAUCUUGUCGUUCGCCCAAAGUUGCCCGGCCAUCCUGGAGAUUGACUUGCACGACUGUAAGCUCGUCACCAACCCGUCGGUGACGUCGCUCAUGACGACGCUCCAAAACCUGCGCGAGUUGCGACUAGCCCAUUGUACAGAAAUUGACGACACGGCUUUCCUGGAGCUCCCCCGGCAUCUGUCGAUGGACAGUCUCCGCAUUCUUGACCUGACGUCAUGCGAGAGCGUCCGGGACGAUGCCGUUGAGCGCAUUGUGGCUGCGGCCCCUCGUCUACGGAAUCUGGUGCUGGCCAAGUGCCGGUUCAUCACCGAUCGUGCGGUCUGGGCCAUUUGCCGGCUCGGCAAGAAUCUACACUACGUCCAUCUGGGCCACUGCUCCAACAUCACUGAUGCCGCGGUGAUUCAGCUGGUCAAAUCCUGCAACCGCAUCCGGUAUAUCGAUCUGGCCUGCUGCAUUCGUUUGACGGACACGAGCGUGAAGCAGCUGGCCACAUUGCCCAAGCUGCGGCGAAUUGGCUUGGUCAAGUGCCAGAAUAUUACGGACGCUAGCAUUGAAGCCUUGGCAGGAUCCAAGGCGGCCCACCAUUCGGGGGGCGUCAGUAGCUUGGAGCGGGUGCAUCUGAGUUACUGCGUUCGCCUAACGAUUGAUGGAAUUCACGCUUUACUCAACAGUUGUCCGCGACUGACACACCUGAGUCUGACGGGCGUUCAGGCCUUCCUGCGAGAAGAGCUGACGGUCUUCUGCCGCGAGGCACCUUCGGAGUUCACGCAUCAACAACGAGAGGUGUUCUGCGUGUUCAGCGGCGAGGGCGUCAACCGCCUGCGCGACUUCCUGAACCGCAUCAUCCCGCCUCCUCCGCCGACGCGAGACAUGGAGACCGAGGCCACGAUGUAUGACGAUGAUGAGGAGCUAGAGGACGAGGAAAACCAAGUGACAGGCUUGAUGCAUGCGACCGCCGCGACGGCCAUUCACGACGACGACUACAUUGACAUUGGACAUACCCAUGGUUGA